AUGGCCGAAAUUAACAAUACACAUCAGUUUUCUUUCGGAUUGUUUACAGUGUAUCUUUUGUUAAUAACAGAUGGGGUUCGUAUCGCCAGUUGCCUUCAAACAAGACCGGACCUUAUCGCUGUUUAUCCACGCACAACUGACUCGAAUACAAAAAUAUCUAGCGGUUGUGUGACGAUACUUGUAAAGACCAAUGCAAUACUGUAUCUUGUCGGAUUAAAUUUUUCACGAAACAACUCCAUAUUUUUUACCACAACUCGGGCAAAGAAUGGAGACCGUUGUGAUGAGUCGUUUGCAAGGCAGGACUCUCAUGUUUUGUCCCAAGUCGGAUCGCAAAUUUACAAGAUAGAUGUUUCUUUAAGCGCCACUGGAAAGCAUUAUAUUUGUUUCCGUGAUGAUGUAUCGGGUGUAUGGUACCAUGGAGGUUCUGGUGAAACUGUCACAAUUGACGUUGUAUCACACACUAAACUACCAAUAUGGUUAAAUGUUUGUUUACUCAUUUUGCUUUUGGUGAUGUCAGGCCUGUUUUCCGGUUUAAAUUUAGGACUUAUGGCCCUAGAUCCUACAGAACUGAAGGUUGUUUUGAACUGUGGAAGUCCUAGGGAGCAACACUAUGCAAAGAAAAUAUUACCUGUGCGACAGCAUGGCAAUUACCUCUUAUGCACACUCCUUUUAGGAAAUGUCAUGGUAAACAGCUCGUUGACUAUUUUGCUUGAUACUUUAGUUGGAAGUGGUGUAAUUGCUGUAGUUGCAUCGACUGUCGGUAUUGUUUUGUUUGGCGAGAUUGUACCACAAAGCAUUUGUUCAAGGCACGGUCUUGCCAUUGGAUCAAGAACGUUGCUCCUGACUAAACUAUUCAUGCUAUUAACCUUUCCCGCCUCAUACCCCAUUAGCAAGAUUUUAGACUUUAUCCUCGGAGAGGAACUGGGUACAAUAUACAAUAGGAAGCAACUGCUCGAGAUGAUCAAAGUGACGGCUGAACAUAAUGAUUUAGCUGGUGAUGAAAUGAACAUAAUUUCGGGUGUCUUGAACUACAAGGCAAAAGUUGUUGAAGAAAUAAUGACUAAAAUUGACUCGUGUUUCAUGUUGGAAAUGGAUUGCAACUUGGAUUUUACUACCGUGACAGCAAUUAUGGAGUCAGGCCACAGCCGCAUUCCAGUUUACUGCAAAGAAAGGCACAAUAUUGUUGGCUUGUUGUUUGUGAAAGAUCUUGCAUUUGUUGAUCCAGAUGAUUGCAUACCAUUGAAGACGGUGAUAAAGUUUUACAGCCGCCCGGUGAAUUUUGUUUGGAAUGACACAAACCUGGGUGAGCUUUUAGAUAGCUUUAAAGAAAAGCACUCCCACAUUGCAAUUGUUCAAAAAGUUAACAGUGAGGGCCCAGGCGAUCCUUUUUAUGAGGCAAUCGGUUUGGUUACAUUGGAAGACGUUAUAGAAGAGAUGAUUCAGUCAGAAAUUGUUGACGAGACAGACAAGUAUGUUGACAACACAACAUUUGCUGCAAAUACUCAACGACCAUUGACUGGACACUUCAACAUCUUUGUGAGUGAUGAAAAGACGACACUCUCGCCGCAGUUGCAACUUGCAUCAUUUCAAUAUUUAUCAACAGCCGUUGAUGCAUUCAGUGAAGACAGAAUCACGCCAAAUAUUUUAAAGCAGUUGCUCAAACGCGAAGAUGUCGUCAUGGAAAUCAAAACCAAGGACGCUGAGAAAGAAUCUUUGAUUCUCUACGAGAAAGGCAAAGUUGUCGAUUAUUUCAUAAUGAUUAUUCAUGGCAAUGUCGAAGUCAAUGUUGGUAUGGAAAAAUUCACUUUCAGUCAAGGCGCAUUUUCGUAUUAUGGUCAAGAUGCACUCGGGGGGAAAGGCCGUGCUUACGUACCAGACUAUACCGUAGCUGUCACAGAAGACUGUCUUCUUCUCAAAGUAACAAGUUCGAUGUACAAGCAAGCUUUGAUAUCAACAAAAUUCAAACUUGAGACGUUGGAUAAAAAUGAUCUGAAGCAUAAUUUACUUAUGAUUUCUAACGGUGAACACGAUAGUAGUUAUGACGAUGAGGAAGACACCAAUUCAACUUCUACGGACCCGUUUACAACGCCUGGGGCGACGCCCUUGUUACCCAGAGCUGUUGAAACGAAAUCGACUCAUGAAAGAGUUUGAUUACUCGGCCAGUGGGGAAGGAUAGUUUUGUUUCAAAAAAGUUUCCAUGAUUAAAUUGCUGUUCGUUAUGUUCGUUUUGUUAGUCGCUCGCAACAUUUGUACACAGCCUGAAGACUUUGUGAAUAUAGAUUUCUAGUCAAAAAUUAUGGAUUAUUAAUGAAAUGUAAAAAUCACGUAGAGAAUAAGUAAAAGCUGAUAGCUUAGAAAA